AUGUACCUCACCUUGCUGUUUCUGCUAUUGCUGUGCCCUGUGACCUUGCUCCAGGAGACAGGAAGCUGCUCUCAACACUCUCUUCUCUGCUGCUCAGGAACAAACAGCUAUUGCAAACGUGGAGGCUGCUAUUGUGAUGAGUUCUGCCGUAUUGUUCCCGACUGCUGUCAUGAUUAUAUUGAUACCUGUGGGCCUGGUUCAGAUGUCAACAAUACAGACCAGUCAGUGAAAGUCAACAACACAGAAACAACAGUGGCCCCAGGAGGAACAACCACCUCAGAGAGAAUCUUUGGGAUUACUCAAGUCUAUGAGACCUCAGCUGUCACCCACACUCCCUUGAAAUCCCAAACAUCUUUGGCUUUUGAGACUUUGGCACUAGCCAGAACUGCCUAUAAAGCUGAGGCUAGGAUAACUGAGUCCUUUUCCCCAGUGGGGACACGGAUAAUAAUGGAUGCCCUGGAUAAAACAGAGACCACAACUCUCCUGGAGAGCACUAACCCCACCGUUCCUUCUGUUACAAUCAUCUCAGAAUCAGGGGCAGCCAUAGGCAAGACCCGUAGCCAAGCUAAAAACUUGACAAUGGCCUCUUCUAUUAUGGAAGCAGAGAAUACCACAAUGGAAUCUCUUAUCCCAGCUAAAGCUUGGCCUGGGAGGAGCAUCUUCCAGAAAGUAAUCUGGAAACCAUCAAUCCAACCACCUCUGCUUCCUCUUCCACCCCACCAAAAUCAUGGAAAACAUGAACAUCGCCCCAUAGGACACCAUGACUAUUUAUACUCUGUGACAAGCCACCCUUGCACCAUCCCAGAAAACAAUGAAACUAUCAACAAGACCCCCUCGUUCACUGAGGCCAUGACCACAACUGAUACUUUCACAGAAUCAGAGACCUCAAACCCUUUUAGGACAAUUGUCCUUGAGGAGACCUCUGGAAUAACUCAACCCCCAGAAACAGAGGCUGUCAUCGUAAAAGAAAUGAUACCCUUUACACUCCUGGCUGAGUUAACAGAGAUAACAGAUACAGCCAGCAGCACCAUGGAGAGAGAAGGGACUCCAAUCAAGACCACGAUCCUCCCUGGGACCUUGACUACAGUUAGUCCCAUCACAAAAGCCACCAUGCUGACAAGGAAUCUCAUAGAUACCAUGCCUAUAGCUAACGGCACCCAAGAAAUAAAGACAACUGCUGCUGCUGUAACCUUGCCCAUGACCUAUACCAACACAGAAGCAGAGACUACAACCCUUGACAUAGGUACCUCUGCUGAGACCUUAGGAGUAGCCGGUAGUAACUCACAGCCAAAGACCACAGGUGAGGAGACAACCUUACCUGGUGGCAUCACAGAAACCAUUGGGACUAAAGCUAAGACCAUCGUUCUCCCUGGGACCUCAAUGGUGAUCAACAGCUCUACGGAGAAAGGGACCUCCACCCGUUUACAGACUAUUUUAUUUUCUGAGACACCAGCUUCAUCUUCCUCAGAUGAAGAAGACUUGAGUGCAGCUGCUGAGACCUUGACAAUGGCCAACAUGAUCACCAUGACAGUAUCAACCACAGUUGAAACGCUUAAUAUCACAGGUCGAAGUGAAGAAACUACAGCCAAAAUGGCAACUGAUACCUUGAAUACAACCUACAUUCCUACCACAGAAAAAACCAUAGCUCCAAUGGAGACAGCUGUUUUCACUGAGUUCCCAAGUACCCUUACAAGUCCCACAGAGGAAAGGUCAACAAUAGCCAAGUUCUCUACCCCUGCUGAGUUUUCAGAUAAAGUCUCUACCACCACAGAAGGGACAACAGCUACAGGUAAGAGCUCUAUUCUCCUGAGAUCUCUGCCACAGUUAGAAUAAAUUCCCCCAGCAAUUGUCUCAACAAUACAAAAGCAUACUGCCACUUCCCUGAUGAAUCAAAACACCAAAGCUGAUUCCAGCCAUGAUGGAGGUUUUCUCCUCCUACGACUGGUUGUGUUCUCCUACCUGGAUCUCACUGAUUUGAAGGUGACAAAGGAUCUCCUGAACCAGCUUCAUCAGGAUCUGCAGGUACAUGUCCCCUACACCCAAAUCUCCCUGCUGAAUGUCACCAGGGGCUGAGGAAUUGUUAGC